AUGAAGUUCUCAGCCAUCACUUCUGCCUGCGCCGGCGCAGCCUUCGUCGGCAACGUUGUGGCACAUCCAGGAAUGGCCAAGAUAGUAGAUGAGAUUAAAGCAAAUAUCAUGUCUCGUCAGGGCGGGCCUGUCGACCCAGCCCUCAACUCCAACGAACUUAUUGGCGACCUUUUGACGUUGCAGGACAGCCAGCUCACACCGGUCGCUAAGGAUAUCAAGGCCACAAUUCUAAACCAAGCUAACGGGGAGAGUUUGGAGACUUAUUCCAGCGUCCCUAGGCUUGGUACAUCGCAAUGCAAGGCUGACACCUGCUGUGUGUGGCAAUACAUUGCCAAUGAGAUGGUCACCGCCUUCAAGGGUCCAUCUGGCAGAUGCACCAAUGCUGCAAGGGCAGCCGUCCGCCUCGGUUUCCACGACGCGGCCGGAUGGUCCAAAAACACAGGGCCAGACGGCGGUGCCGACGGGUCGCUGAUCCUGGCGCCGGAGGAAAUCCGCCGCCCAGGAAACCGCGGCCUCGAGGAGGUUGUGACGCUGACCCAGUCUUGGUUCAACAAAUACAAAGGCUAUGGAAUCUCUGCAGCCGACCUGAUUCAGAUGGGUGCUAACGUCGCCACCGUUGUCUGCCCUCUCGGCCCUCGCACAAAGACCUAUAUUGGACGCAAGGACAACUCCAAGGCUGCCCCAGAUGGCCUCCUCCCACCCGUCGACGCGUCUGCCGACUUCCUAAUCAAGCUGUUUCAGGACAAGACCAUCCAGCCCAACGGUCUCGUCGCACUACUAGGUGCACACUCGACUGCUCAGCAACGCUUCGUCGACCCUCGCAGGGUUGGCGACCCCCAGGACAGUACCCCCGGUGUAUGGGAUAUGCUCUAUUAUAACGAGACCAUCAGCCCGAACGCGCCUGCUCGUGUGUUCAAAUUCGCGAGCGACAUUAAGCUGGCUGCGGAUCCCAGGAUGAGCAGACUGUUUACCGCCUUCGCCGCUCCCAACAACGCUGCGCAGCUGCCCUGGAACCUUCUCUACGCCCGCGAGUAUGUGCGCCUCAGCCUGCUGGGCGUCAACAACAUCAACUCGCUGACGGACUGCACCAAGGUGCUCCCGCAGCCCGUCAGAACAUUCGUGCCAAAUGACAGGUGCGAAGUGAAGACGUGGAUGUCGUCGACUAAGAACGUCCCGGCCAUUGCCAACGCCCUCCUGGACGGCAAGCUCAUCACCUCCAUCCCGGGGCUGUCAAGCCUCUUGAGUAGUAUCCUGGGCGGACUUCUCGGGCUAAUUGGCAUUGGCCGCACGGGGUCAAACUGCUGA